CUCUCGUAUUACAAGAAUGCAAACUGUUGAAGACGAUUGUUCUUAUUCGACUUCUUCGUCAUCCUCGUCUCAAACCGAGGCUACCGAACUGCAUGUAUCCUCGUCAACGACGACUAAAAGAAAGGCGGGGAGGAAGAAGUUUAAGGAAACAAGACACCCCGUGUAUAGGGGUGUCAGAUUAAGAAAUGGGUCCAAAUGGGUUAGCGAAGUACGCGAGCCUAGUACGAAACAUAGAAUCUGGUUGGGAACUUUUCCCACUCCCGAAAUGGCGGCUAGGGCUUAUGAUGCAGCAACCCUAGCUUUACGUGGCGAUGGCUCGCCACUUAAUUUUAGUGACUCGGCCCGUUUUAUUAAACGGGCUGCGUCAACUUCUGAUAGUGAUAUUAAACAAGCUGCUUUAGAGGCAGCUCUUGCAUUUGGGCCAAGAGGGUAUGACGUUGAGUCGUCGUCUUCGUUAGGGUGUUGUGAGGUGGGACAAGGCGGCGGAAACAUGGCAGUGGAGGUGGCGGAGACGGGUUUUGUUGAUGAAGAGAUGGUGUUUAAUAUGCAUGGUUUUUAUAAUAGCAUGGCGGAGGGGUUAGUGAUUACACCACCAGGCAUGAAGAAGGGUUUUGACUGGAGUGAUGACACUGAUUCUAAUAUCGACUUGACUCUCUGGAGGCAUUAGAUGUAACAGCGGAACAAAAUAGUCAGAGGGUCAAGUGACCCUCAGUUAUCCUCUGAUGGUCACUUGAUCCUUUGGCCUUUGUUCCGCCAUGGACCGAAGUACAUCAAGCUUAUUUUCAAAUGUUGGAACAAGUUAUUUUUUUUGUUUGUCUGGAUAUGUUUGCAGAAGAUAAAGAACAUACGACACACCUUUCAGAUUCAUGAAUUAUGGGUUCCAAAAUUCUUGGAACAAAUAGUUUUCGUUGCUUAUAUACUUUUUAUAUGGUUUACCUGUGU